UAACCAAAAAAAACCACAGAAAAAUCAAACAUUCAGUCGAAUCACAGUCGUAUCCCUAUUUCUCAUCGCGAUUUCGUGCACAAAUUCGGCGUCUCCGCCGCGGGUUCCCGGCGAGAUUUGUUAAUCCAUUCGAUUUCUCAGCUCUUCUUUCACGCACCUUCGGAAAAUUGUAGAUCUGCUUUGUCCGAUCGGAGAAGGAGGCGAUGAAUGCUUCGAUAUGGGGCUAUUUUAGGAUUAUCUCAGGCACUAUAGUCGGUGGAAUUGCCGGAUUCUAUUUUAUGCACCGCGCUGAGCUCAAGUACAAGGAGAUGUGGGAGGAGAGAUUGAAGAAGUACGAAGAAGAGUUGAAUAGGAGAAAGAAGAUUGAAGAGGCGAAUUCAUCGAAUGAGUUUUCUGAAUCUCGGGAAUCUUGGACAUGGAAUCUCAAGGUUUCGGCCCACUUUUUGUACAUGUCGGUCUCGUUGGCGACAGUGGGCUCACGCCAGCCCUCGUCGCCACCGACCUUGAACUCGUCCGCCGCGACGGAGAUGAUUAGUAGGAGCAGAGUGGAGAAGCAGGAAACCAUAGGAGGAGCCAUUUUUUGAUCAAUUUGUUGAAACAAAAUUUUGCAGAGGUUAAUGUUAAUCUGUGGAGUUUAGGCGUGGUGUAAUAAUAGUAGUGGUUGAGAUUUUCUGAAAUAGGAGAGGGAGGUGGUGGAGCACGGCGGUUACUGGUGGUUUUGUGUAGUGGUGGAAGUUGUGAUUUCAUGGACCACCGGAGCCAAUGAAAAUGUUAAAUGUAAUAGUUUAACAUUUGAAAAUUUGUUUUCUAAAAAUGAAAAAUUGGAAUCAAAACAUCAGUUUUCAAAAAUUUCCACAUCUUCUCAAAUGGGCUACCUUUUUAUUGGUCGGCUUCUUAUUCAGCACAGAAAAUUGUGUGAAUUCAUGAUCUAAGAUGUGCUAUUGAUUUUGAAUUAUUUUAUAUUUAUCUGAAUAAAUUAAAAAACUACUAGUACUUCUUUAGUAGGAGCACAAAAUAAUGUGUAUAUUAAAUUAUAGUAAUACGAAUUUUAGUAGACAUUCGUGAGAGAUUAUAGGGUAAGUGAAGUCUGUGAACACUUCAUUUUACUCCAUGAUUGAAGUAACUCAAAAUAACGAAGGACGAAUGAAUUGGUGAUUCAAAUUACCAUGAAAUGAAGUACUAGUAAUUAAGACUAGUGCACGUGAACAUGAUUGGUGGUCUAGAUUGUACUAUUAAA